UUGGGAAAAUCCAGAGCCGUUGCUGUGUGAUGAUGAUGAGUUCGACACACAGUUGACCCGCCGGUCACGGUACAGAACGGUUAUAUCACCUCUUCGUUUCAAUCCAAGAGUCACGACAGCUGGGAUCGAAACCUAAAGGCUCCUCGCUAUAAAGCUGCCAUUUCCUGUUUAAACGGGCUCAUUAGAUACGAGAGAAGUGUCUAGAAUCAGCAGGUCACUGUCCGGGAAACACCGGGAGACGCGUCGACAUGAGGAGUUUACCGUAUUUCUGCCGGGGACAGGUGGUCCGCGGAUUCGGCCGUGGAAGCAAAGACCUGGGCAUCCCAACAGCAAACUUCCCAGAGUCGGUUGUGGACAAUCUCCCCGCUGACAUUAGCACAGGAAUCUACUACGGAUGGGCACGCGUGGAUAAUGGAGAUAUUCACAAGAUGGUGAUGAGCAUCGGCUGGAACCCUUACUACAAAAACACAAAGAAGUCCAUAGAAACACAUGUGAUCCACACUUUUAAGGAAGAUUUCUAUGGUCAGAUAUUGAGUGUGGCCAUGGUUGGCUACAUUCGCCCUGAGAGAGGAUUCAAAUCACUUGACGAGCUGAUAGCAGCGAUUCAUAGUGACAUUGAGGAGGCCGAGAUGAAGCUGGACCUGCCUGAGCACUUGAAACUGAAAGAGCAUAAUUUCUUCAAGACGUCAGUAUCGACAACAGCCAAUCAGAUCUUGAACGGUCAUCGACUGUAACGGUCUCUUUCACCAUCACCUAUUUAAAGCCUGUUUAUUACAUAUGCAGUUUGUUGUUUUCUUUGUUAAAAUGAUUUCUGUCCCCAUGUGGUGCUUUGGUCAGGUGCAGGCACAAUAUGUAUUUGUUCAUACGGUAUCACCGCGUAGCCCUGUUGUUUCGAUAUUUAUCGCAAAAAGGAGGAUUCAGGUUACUUGCUGGUGAAUGAUCACUGCGAUCAAAGAGCCCUUCCCAGAAUCCAUGAUUGCGUCAGGGAGUGUCAAAAAUAGAAAUAAAAUCUUUAGAUGAAGAGUUCUUCCUCAACCUUCACUUUAAUUUCAUUUUUGUUUAAACAAGUCAAAAUUGGCGUUCCUCCUCUUUGAGAUAAAAUGAAUGCUUUUUAUGGUUCUCAGAGAACCGUGCCCAGAGGUGGAAGUCCAAGGCUGAGAUAAAGAGAGUUAAAGUAAAGCCCAGGUUGUUUGUAAUAUGAGUGCAAAACUGGGCAGGCGGAGAACAAACAGUGACUGAAGAUAAAAUGUAUUAAUUUACAUGGUCUUUUAAAUAUUUAAAUUUGUACAGAAGCUCUGCAUAGCAAACACUUGCUAAUGUGUACAUAUGUAUUACUAAACCUUAAUCUAAUAUAACAUUUUCUUUUACUCUGAUAUAUUUAGAGUCAGGUUUUACAUUUGUAAAGACACUCAAGAGUCCGGUUAGAUCAUGUAGGUUUACUUUGUCCUCGUUGUGUUCUUGUUGAACUGAUGCUAGAAACACGUGCUGCUGGUCUAGCGUUAAACUGCAGCAAUCUUCUGUACAGGGGCGGUCGCGACGUUAUUAGCGAAAUUUCAUGGGCAAAAGAAAUCAUAAAUAAUAAAUUAAUUGUUAGUAGUGUAGGGAUGUAUGUUUACACAGAAAUCAGUUUUAAACCAAAUUUUCGCCACUUUCUGGUCUGAGUGGCUAAUCUGUGUGUGGGAAAUGGUUUGCCCUCAAGUGAAAUUCCCCAUCACGUGGACUUGGAUUUCGCCCGCGAAAAUUCGCUUUAGAACGAUAAAUGUGAUCGCACCACUGAUCGAUCUAUCUAUCUAUCUAUCUAUAUAUAUAUAUAUACACACACGUUCUCUAUUAUAUAUCAGUGGAUCGCACCUUAAUUUAGGAAUAGUAAAAUUAAUAGUACUAUUACUAUUAAUAGUAAUUAAUAGUAAAACUUUACUCUUUAAAAGCUGUUUGUUAAUGCUAUCUUCACAACCUAUAUUCAUCAGACUGGGCCUUUAAUUGUUGAACUGGUGCUUUUGUAGAUGUUUGGUACUGUGUGCGUAUGUUUUCGGUUUCUUUUUUCUUUUUCUUGUUGUAGGUCAGGGCAGUGCCUUAAGUAUGUGAAAUAUACAGUGCACAACCAAGCAUUCCUUCAAUGUUGACACCUGCUUGUAAGCAUUAAACAAAAAUGCCUUAUGUUU